AUGUCAGCUUCGGAACCAACUGAAAGUUUGGAUAAAAAAGGUCAAAAAGAUAGACUACAAUUAGUAAGGGAAGGAAAGAGAACUUUCAUUUAUAAAUGUUCAAAAAGUGAAUUACUACAAUUACUGCAAGAAGAAAAUAUCUCAUUUAUCAGUGACAGUGUAGAGAAUUUGCGAAAAACAUUGAGCGAACAUUAUAAAAGUAAGGAGAAUUUAGUAGAAAAGAAACCAGAGAAACAAAAAACAAAGAUGUUCAUGUACGGCGACCUGAAAAUUUUCGACGGAGAUAAAUGGGAAGUUUUCAAAGAACAACUCGAAUGUUUCAUUCUUGUUAAUGACAUCAGCGAUGACAAGAAGGUGCCAUUGUUAUUAACCAAAAUAUCACCAUCAGUAUUCGAAACUUUAAACUACCUAUGCUCACCACACAAACUCAGUAAAUUAUCGUUUGAUGAACUUAGCAGCAAACUUGGAGAUAAGUAUGCCAAACCAUUGUCCACAGCUUUGGAGAGGGCAGCUUUCAGGAAAAGAAACCAGCUUCAUAAUGAAAACAUUGAGGAUUAUGUUUUAGCUUUGAGAAAAUUAGCUAUGGCCUGCCAGUUUAAAGAUAAGGAAGAUCAAAUUAAAGAGAAAUUUAUGGAAGGAGUAUCGUCUAAGGUUGUCAAAUUUGAAUUGAUGAAAACUGAGACGGAGCUGUCACUAGAAAAAUGUAUUUCACUGGCACGCACAGUAGAAGCAGCAUUAUUACAGACAAAUAAUAACCAUGAAAUGACAGAAGUCUACUAUAGUAACAAAGGAAAACCAAAACAGGAUACUAAGAACAAGAAUAACAACAGUGGACAGUGUUUUUGCUGCGGGAAGAAGAAUCAUAUCAAAGCAGACUGUACUCUGAAGUUAAAAUACUGUUCAGAAUGUGGUCAACAAGGCCAUAUAUUCAGGAUGUGUCCGAAAAAGCAACGACAAGCGAAUGUGGUGGAGACGAACCCCGGGAAUGUUAAAGAGGAGGAAAAGCAGGUGGAAGUACCCAGUAAAGAUGUAGAUAAAGUAUAUAUUAAGACUUAUGAUAUUAAUAGUGUAAGUAAAAUACCUCCUUUUUAUCUAGAAAUAAAGGUCAACGGUCAAGACAUUUCUUUUCAGUUAGAUACGGGGUCAGAUGUAACAGUGAUGUCAAUCAAAGAUAAAUCAAUGUUUUUAAGAGAAUUUCAGCUCAAGAAAAGCAACAUACUUUUUAAGAAUUUUGAUCAAAGUAUUUCCCGUCCAUUAGGUGUUAUAACAGAUGUACCAAUUAGAUUUAAAGAAAUUAACAAAAAUUUAAACAUUUUCAUUGUACCAGACAAUGUACCUAGAGUCAUAGGGCGAGAUUGGUUACAUGAGUUUAAAUUAUGGCCUCCAAAUAUUCAGAAUAGUCUGGAUAUCGGUAUUUAUAUGAUACAAACUGUUGCAGAUGCACAGCAACAUCUGAAAACCCAGUUCGCAGAAGUAUUCAGCCCGGGAUGGGGAAAUUUUAAAGGUGAUGUCAUUUCAUUAAAGCUACAACAGGACGCUAAACCCAAGUGCUUGCCAGUCCGGCGAAUACCAUUUGCCCUUAGAGAAAAGGUAAAUAAUGAAAUUAUUAGAUUAAUUGAAAAUGGCAGAAUUACUCCAGUAGAACAAAAUGAAUGGGGUACACCAAUUGUGCCAAUUUUAAAACCAGAUGGAUCAGUUAGACUUUGUGGUGACUAUAAAUUAACUAUUAAUCCUCACUUGGUUUUUGAUCAUUUUCAUCUUCCCCAUAUUGAAGAUAUUAUGGAUGUUUUAAAAGGGGGAGAAUACUACUGCGAGCUGGAUUUAAAAGAAGCUUAUUUACAAGCACCACUAAGUGUAGAAAGUAAGGGCUGUACCACUAUAGUUACUGAGUUAGGCACUUUCCAAUAUAAUUUUUUACCUUUUGGUAUGAGGUCACGAGUAUUAGCUAUGCAGAAAAUAGACUAUGGAUAA